AUGAUUGAUCGCAGGGCAACAGUCAAAAAGAACAAGUCUGAAGUGAUGGACAGGACACAAGAUAUAAUGGUUUUGAUCUGCCUGCUGUUUCUCAAACUGCCAAAGUUUGAGAUGGUGGCCAGUGGGAAGGUCUUGGAGGAGACUUAUCGGAAGUGGGUCCAAUAUAAAGAAGACUGUGUCAAAAUGAUAGAAAAUGAGCCGCUACUUCAAGGCUUGUUCUGUAACAGGACAUUUGACAGAUAUGCCUGCUGGCCAGAUACUCCUGCCGGCUCUGUGGUCAACAUCUCAUGCCCUUUCUACCUGCCCUGGUAUGACAAAGUGUCCCAGGGUGUUGUGCGUCGGCAGUGCGGCUCUGAUGGCCUCUGGGAGAGAGAGGACAGCGGGCAGGUGUGGAGAGACAUGACCCAGUGUCAGGAGGAAAAAGAGGUCACAUCUCAGGAGCUGUGGUUCAAACAACUGAUGGUGAGCUUCAGGAUGUUGUACACUGUUGGCUAUUCCUUGUCCCUCUUCACGCUCAUAACGGCUCUUAUCAUUCUUCUGAGCUUUAGGAAACUGCACUGCACCAGGAACUACAUUCAUGCUAACCUCUUCCUGUCGCUCAUCCUGCGAGCUGUUUCCGUUAUAAUUAAGGACACCAUGCUGGAACGCCACUGGGGACGAGAGAUCAUGAAACAGACCGACGUGAGAGAGAUGCUCAGUCACCAGGCUGCUAUUGGCUGCAGGAUAGCACAGGUGAUGAUGCAAUACUGUGUCCUGGCCAAUCACUAUUGGUUCUUUGGAGAGGCAAUAUAUUUGUACUCCGUGCUUAUUGCCUCAGUGUUCAUCGACAAUAACAAAUACUUACCUUACAUCUGUCUUGGCUGGGGAACUCCACUUCUAUUUGUGAUCCCCUGGGUAGUGAUGAAGCUAUUAAAAGAAAACAAAGAGUGUUGGGCUGUAAAUGAGAACAUGAACUACUGGUGGAUAAUUCGCUUCCCAAUUCUUUUUGCUUCACUAAUCAACUUUAUGAUUUUCAUGAAGAUCCUGAAGGUCAUUCUUUCUAAAUUACGAGCCAACAACCAGAGUGGAUAUCCUGAUUACAAACUUCGGCUUGCCAAGGCGACCCUAACUCUCAUCCCUCUGUUUGGGAUUCAUGAAAUCAUAUUCAUCUUUGCUACAGAUGAGCAGAUAACAGGUGUUCUGCGCUACAUCAAAGUCUUCUUCACCCUUUUUCUCAAUUCAUUUCAGGGCUUUCUGGUGUCUGUGCUCUACUGCUAUGCCAAUAAAGAGGUGAGGACAGAGCUGAAGAGGAAGUUAUGCAGUUGGAGGAUAGAGGCUGAGAUUGUAUGCUGUGGACAGUGACUAGGCGUGCUUGACUCUCGAGUAGACACUUUCUCCAUCGCCACAGUGCCAGAGCGCAACAGAUCAUCUGCCACAACAGUGAGGGCAAUGCCUGAUGGUUCACCUACUCCUGAGAGUUCGCUAAUUUUUAGGCGUCAAGUUCAGCCAACUUCCCCACAGCCUGAUGACUCUUUGCUGCACUGUCCAUCAGAGGUAAACAGAGACAACACCCUGCAGCGUGGGGAUCCGGAUGACACUGGACAAUCGUCUGUGGCAAUGCAGGUGUCCUUCCUCAUUCAUCUUCAAGACCCUGUGGAGUUACUCCCACAUGUUGUAAAUAUAGAUUCAGACUGAAUAAGUUUUUUGCAUUCACUGUACAUUUUAAGAUUAUAUGUGUUUUGUUGUGAAUA